CCACGGCCCAGCACCUUACUGUUUCACUUCUUUCCCCGAGUCUGACUCAGUUCUCAAUUCCCUCUCUCUCUCACAGAGUCACAGACAGCAAACAUGGCAGAAAUAAGCCUGGGGAUACUAAUAGAUAUUGUGGAUGAGGAUUGGAUGAGAGACACCUUGCCUAAUGAUGAUCUUCCAUUACCACCAGUUUUGGUUGUUAGAAAUGAUGACACUGAGGAAUCAAAUCAGGAGACUCAACAGGUUGGUGGAGAUACUUGGCAUGAUCUUGCAUUAGGCACUCAAUACAGCUCUCAUGCCUCAGGAGGUGCAUAAGCAAUACUUUUGAAGUGGUUGGAUCCUUUUUAUUGGGGGAUUUGAAGUUCAUGGCUCUCUAUCCUUGUGUGAGAACCCUUAGAAUUUUUCAUGUAAAAGACUGUAGUUUUAUUUUGAUAAUCAUAUGAGAAGACUUUGGUUAUUAGUCCUUUGAUGAAAGAGCUAUGGUGAAGUGUCAAUUUAUGCAAUGUUCUCUUUUGCACUGGCACAUCACCAUGUAUAUAUUUGUACUUCACUUCCCUGUCAUGUGGAGUUCAUCCUUAAGUUCUCUUCGUCUGCAGUAAUAUGAAUUGCUCUGCUUGUUAAA